AUGCCAUCAAACCUCACCGGCUCAAACAGCACCGCACUGCCCCCGGACGCUCAGUACAACUUCACCGGCUCAAACAGCACCGCACUGCCCCCGGACACUCAGUACAACUUCCCCGCGCUCAUCUUCGGCGUCUUCCUCAUCAUCUUCAUCAUAUGCGGAAAUGUGCUCGUGUGCAUUAGCGUGUACAAGGAGAAGGCGUUAAAAACCACCACCAACUACUUCAUCGUGAGUUUAGCGGUCGCAGACUUGUUACUGGCGGUGCUUGUGCUACCACUCUUCGUGUACGCUGAGUUCCAGGAUGGAGUCUGGUCCUUGAACAUGACCGUGUGUGAUGCCCUGAUGACCAUGGAUGUGAUGCUGUGCACAGCCUCCAUAUUCAACCUCUGUGCCAUCAGCGUGGACAGGUUCAUCGCCGUGUCCAUCCCCCUGAACUACAACAGGAGGCACGUGGACCAGCGGCAGGCGGGCCUCCUGGUGGGCACCUGGGUGCUGGCGCUGGCGGUGGCGUCGCCCGUCAUCUUCGGCAUCAACGACGUGCCGGGGCGGAGCCAGCGGCAGUGCCGCCUGGAGAGCGAGCGCUACGUGCUGUACUCCUCCGUCUGCUCCUUCUUCAUCCCCUGCCCGCUCAUGCUGCUGCUCUACUGCGGGAUGUUCCGGGGCCUGCGCCGCUGGGAGGAGGCGCGCAAGGCCAAGCUCCGCAGCAGCAUGGUGACCUCGCAGAGGCUGCAGGAGGCCGCCGACGCCCUGACCCCCCUGGCCAACUCCCUGCCCUCUCCUCUGCCCCCAGUGCAGGAGCACAAGCUCAUGGAGCUGAGUCUGGACGAGCUGGAACCGGAACCAGAGCCGGCCCGGGACGGUGUGCUAGCCCGCUCUGAGCCGGUACCGGCCGUGGCCUACCCAAACGUGAGUCAGAACCAGCAGCGCUAUGGCAGAACCAGAGCCAAGAUCAACCGCAGAGAGAGGAAGGCCAUGAGGGUGCUGCCUGUGGUUGUGGGUGCCUUCAUGCUGUGCUGGACGCCGUUCUUCGUGGUCCACACUCUGCGGGCGCUGUGUGAGACGUGUGCGGUUCCGUCAGCGCUCGUCAGCUCCGUCACGUGGCUCGGCUACGUCAACAGCGCCGUCAACCCCGUCAUCUACACCGUCUUCAACACAGAGUUCCGCAAGGUCUUCAGGAAGUUCCUCCCUCGCUGCCACUGCCGGGGGAACUGA